AUGGCGGCGGUGGGGGUGGUGGGCUACGAGGACGUGCGACUCACUGAUACGGCCAGCGUGCUGGCCCGUGCUUUUGCAACCGACCCCGUCUUCUCAUGGCUUACGAGCCACCUGGGGUCAGCCGGCAGGAUGACCGCCCUCCACGAGAUAAUGGAGACGCUCACCAGAGCGAUUUACGCACCACACGGGGAGUCCUAUCUGGCGUUGCCCGAGGGUGCCAAAGCGGCGCAGACGGACAUCAAGCUCAAGGGCGUCCUCCUUCUGCACCCGCCUCUCGUGAAGGAGAGCUUCGUGGACCACAUGAAGCAUGGCAUUCACAGGCUGCCUGUGAUCACUGGGCUGAAGGGAAUGGGCAAGAUCCUGCCCUCACUGCUACGCAGCAGCCUGCUUAAAGAAGUCGUCAUGGCCGACUCGCUCGAGCGAGGCUUUUGGUAUGUGGGCUUCCUGGCAGUGGACCCCGAUUGUCAGGGACAAGGAGUCGGCAGCGUUCUCCUACAGUCGGUGGUGGACAAGGCCGACAAGGAAGACCUGCCGGUCUACCUCGAAACGGGCAACCCGAGGAAUGUGCCGUGGUAUGAGAAGUUCGGCUUUGCCACUGUGUACACCGAGAAGGCCGGCUUUAUGGGACCCACCGUCUUCUACAUGCGCAGGGAGGUGCAGAGCAUGGACAAGCAAACGAAGGAGCAGUUGCUGGCAAAGGCCAAGCAGAGGGUGGCCGAUUCGAACGAGUCCCUCAAGCGCGGCCUGCUCGCCGUAGGCAUCGGUUUCGUCGUGCUCGUGCUCCUUCUCUUCUAUGUCUACCGUUGA